AUGCUGGGUGAGCUGGCCAGUUUGAUUCUGAACGAUGAUCAUGAUGCGAAUAAUAAUUACAAUAGCAAAGAGUAUCCAUUUUUGAGUGUGGACUACGUCGCUGUGCCAGGCUGGGCACCUGCCAUAACAACCGCGGGCGGGGAGCCGCGCAAUUACCCUAAUUACAGCCUGGCCUCCGCGGCGGUGGCGAGCGCGGCCACGCCAUCCCAAGAACGCCCCCGGCCCGGGCCCGAGCGUGGGAACCGCCGUGCCCUCCGCCCGGGGCGGCGGCUGCGGCGUGGGGAGCCCGUCCAGCCGCCCGCCUCAGAGGCAGUGAUGACCGAUAAGCCUGGCCGGCUCGCCGCUCUAGCGCGGCUAAUUACUGGGCCGCGCUGGGCGAGCUCGCGGCUCCUUUCAAGUGCGCUCUCCAAGCGCCCCCCGCCCAGUGUUCCGCAUCCCCACACCUGGGCGGGGAGUGGCGAAGCGGGGACCUCGAUUGGCUGGGAAAGCCGAGGGGCCAAGCUCUCGGGCGGGUUCCCACGCGGCAUUUACCCAUUCUUUCAUUCACUCACCCAUUCGCCACUCAUUCAUUCACUUACCAAACAGACGUUCGCGGCGUCUGUGGCUGCCUUUUCGGUAAAACGAGAAUAA